ACGCGACGCCGCAUGAGUUGGCAACACUGGCGGAGCGGGUCGGAAGCUGCCCCGACGGACAGCGCGCGCCUAGCCAGUCGAGGACGGGAGCUCGUGGGCGGUGGUCGUGUAGUGUGAUCAGUGUCGCCAACAUCGCGCGACUGACGGGCGUAAACAGACGCGUACGAGGGACAUGGACGUGUCGCGGCAAGAGGAACACCUUCGUUUAUCUCUCUGGGAAGAAUGAAGAGCUGAGACCAGCAUGAAUAGAGGGAUAGGAGUUGCAGCAUUGUUGCUGCUAGUUGCAGGAAGCCUAGCAUCUGCCUGGACCUGCUCCUCUAACUGCAGCUGUGGAACAGGCCCCAGUUAUGCCUUUGCAGAUUGCCCGUCUAACUUGAAGGUCGAAAACAACUAUGGAAGAUAUGUAAAGGUUACGUGCUAUGAACCUACAACAGAUCUGAAGCAUCUAGAUAAAUUUGCCAUUGGACCUGUGCCUCAAGUGGUUUUCAAAAAGUGCUCAAUUCCACAGCAAAAUUACUCUUAUCUUUUAAAAUCAAUGGGUGCUGAAGCUGUCACCCAGCUCGACAUCUGCGACAGCACUGUGUCUGCGACAGAACUGCGAGACCGUCUCUCUGGCCUGGAUGGUGUCACAUCUCUUUCGCUAAACUACCUUGAGUUAACAGAUAUUCCCGAGGAUUUCUUGCAGAAUGUACCACAAAUAACUAAACUGGACUUGAGGUACAACAAUAUGAAAAUUCCUCUGGGCGUUUUUGACUAUGUACCAAAUCUGCGGAUACUUGAGCUCAGCGGGAACGGUCUCGACUACUUGGAACCAGGGCUGUUUCGGAAUCUCACUCAACUCACUCGCUUAAGUGCCUGGAAUAACAGGCUGCAAAACAGUCUCACGAGGGAGACCUUCAUGGGACUGAAACAGCUGGUAAUACUGGAUCUACACAGCAACGGCAUUCAAGAGCUGACCGAUGAUGUUUUUGCAGAGCUGCACAGUUUGAAGAUUCUUGGAUUAGACGGAAAUCAUUUCAUGAGCUUGCCAAGCACACUCUUCACAAACACAAGCAUGUUGGAGAUGGUUCGCUUCAACGACAACCGCAGGGAGUUGGCAUCGCUACCUUCAGGUUUUCUUGCAAACUUGACGAACCUUCGAGAAGCUUUCUUGAGCCGCAUGUCUCUCUCUAGCCUGCCUGAAGACUUAUUCCAUGGAUCAGGGAAUCUCAUUAACAUCACCUUGACUGGCAACAAAUUGAGAACUCUGCCAGCAGGAGUAUUCAGAGACACCACUCGUCUGCUUAGGCUGGAUCUCCGUAGCAAUAAGCUGGAACAACUGCCUGACAACAUCUUUUCAACGUUGACUAAGCUGCAAGUUUUGGAUCUCAGUAACAAUCAGCUCACAGAAAUAAACAAUAACCUACUUGCAGCCACAAUGGACAUACAGACUUUGAAUCUGCGGCAAAAUGCAAUUGCAGAGAUUCACAACCGUGCAUUCUUUAACCUGCAGAAAUUGCGAUCAUUUGACAUCUCCAGAAACCGGGUGUCGUUCUCGCAGAGCUUUGGCUAUGGCUCGCCACUUAACAACUGUAAGGACCUGGAAUUCUUGAACUUGUCGAACAACUCUAUUGGUACUAUUUUCGAGGACUGGAGAAUGGUAAUGCAAAAGCUGAAGUUUCUAGAUCUGAGUCGCAACAACAUAACUUUGGUUGAGGUGGAAGACCUAAUAUUUCUGUCUCGCCACGUCAAAGUUGACCUGAGGCAUAACCACAUCCACACAAUCAACCUUUACGGAGCGGAGGCCAUCGCCAAGAACUCCAUAGGUUCGGACGGCGGAGCCAAGACAAACACAACGUUCUAUCUCGACGGCAACCCCCUCAGCUGCGACUGCAACGCCUACGACUUCCUGAGGUACCUCAAGUACAAGAUCGCUCCGGAGGUUCACAGCAGGUUCGAUCUCGUGCCAGGGAAACUGACGUGCGCCGCCCCGCUCCUGUACCAAGGGAUGCAAGUGUCGGACUUGCUCGUGGAGCGCUUCACGUGUGGCAGCGAGGACACGAACAUGCAAGCGUUCGUACGUUGCCCUUCGAACUGCACCUGCUACAUCAACCAGUACUCGGAAGCGCUCAUCGUGGACUGCUCUGACGCAGGGCUGUUGCACGCACCGGAGGAGAUGCCCCACAUGUCUAUCAGCAGGCUGUCGCACACGCAGCUCUUGCUUCGGAGAAAUCACAUUACCAGCCUUCCCAAUGCCACACAACCAGGCUAUGAAAAUGUUACCUCAAUAGACAUUUCACACAACAGAUUGAAUGUUCUACAAAUCAGUCAACUACCCACAAGACUCAAGAGACUGAACCUAGACCACAACAACCUGACCCACCUGGAUGAUAAAGUGCUAGACUUCUUAGUGAACAGAACCUCUCUAACACUGCAGGGCAACCCGUGGAGUUGCAGUUGCGACAAUCGAUAUCUUCUCUCAUUCUUUCAGUCGCAGUUUGAACAGGUGAUGGACCUUCGUAACAUCACCUGCAAGUGGCAAAACGGCAGCAGUGCCUUUCUAUCACUGAUGGCCAUCGACGAUCUCUGUCCCGUGGACACGGCGCUGAUAGUGUUGCUCGGCAUCACCGUCGGCGUGGUGGGACUCCUGCUGGGUAUGGUGGCCGUGCUCUACCACUGCUACCAGCAGGAGGUAAAGGUGUGGCUGUACGCGCACAACAUGCUGCUGUGGUGGGUCACCGAGGACGAGCUCGACCGAGGCAAGCUGUUCGACGCGUUCGUCAGCUUCUCGCACAAGGACGAGGAGUUUGUGGUGAACGAACUGGUGCCGGGGCUGGAGGGCGGGCCCAGGCCCUUCAAGCUGUGCCUGCACUUCCGCGACUGGAUCGCCGGGGAGUUCAUCCCCACGCAGAUCGCCCGGUCCGUGAGCGAGUCCCGGCGGACGCUGGUAGUGCUGUCGCCCAACUUCCUGGAGAGCGUCUGGGGGAGGAUGGAGUUCCGGGCGGCCCACCAGCAGGCCCUCAGCGAGGGACGCGCGAGGGUGAUCCUCCUGCUGUACGGCGACAUCGGUCCAGUGGACGGCCUCGACCCUGAGCUCAAGACGUACCUCAGCACCAACACUUACGUCAAGUGGGGCGACCCGUGGUUCUGGGACAAGCUGCGGUACGCCCUCCCGCACUGGCGGCAGGUCAAGGAGAAGCACUACCACCGCAACGUCACCGCCAUCGGUGACAAGAUGGAUCUCAUGUUCCCGGCAACCAACACUCCUGCCGCGACCACACCCCCCGCGGAUGCGAUUAACCCUAUUUUCAUCAUGGAAGACAAAGCUGCAUUGGAGAAAGAAGCUAAACUGAAUGGACAACUGGUGUUCACCGAGCCACCAAUCAACUGUAUAAAGUGUGUGUAACUUUGAGAAAUGAGGCCAGUUUUUAUAAAAUUAGUGUAGGACACAACUGUUUUAGCCCUAGCUAAAAGGUAUUAAGUGUCAUUAUUUUAAAUACAUGUGUUAAGUAUGUUAUUUCCUUUUUUUGUUUAGUACCCGACUCUGAGUGAUGCUGAACGUUUUAAACUUUCAAAUGGAUUUAUCCUUUGGAUUGUGAAUUGUUAUGUUUUAUAUACUGACAUUUAGAAAUUAGAUUUUUAUUACCUAAGAAAAAAAAUCUGAAUCUCAAAAAAAAAAUCUAGUAUUAAAUGAAAGUUUGUUACAAACUGAUAAAAGACAAGCACACCAAAGCUUUAAAAAAAUAUUUGUGAAAAACUUGUCUGUUCAAUCCAAACACAGAAGAGGAGCUCUUUUGAUUUUGCUACUUAUUUCACCUCUGAGAUAUUCAAUUAUUCGAUAUGACAAACUCAAAACUUAAAAAUGUUUGAUUAGUACUAUUAUGUUCCGGAGAUUCUCAAAUGUGAACAAUUAACUUUAUUUUGUGUACGUACUUCAGUUUUAUCAAGGCAAAGUCUGGAGUGUAGCAUACAUAAAGUUGUGAUUAAUUAUGAUGGAAUGUAAAGAAAAUGAUUUCUUUUUGUGGCAAUACUUUCAAUUGGUUCAUAAAUUUAUAGGAAAUAAUUUUUUAAUCAUCUCUUUAAUUACCCCGGAUAUGUCAAAACUGUUUAAUAUAAUGGUUGGGAAACGUUUUUAUACUGUACCAAAUUUUCCUUAAACACUGUACUUCAAAUACAGAAAUCUGAGCUAGUAUAGUGAAAAAAAAUCCAACUUGUGCUAAUGGAAAUUAGAUACCCUAAAAAAAUUAAGUUGUUAAACGUUUACAUUCAUCACCCAAAAUCUAUUAGUUAGCUGUUGAAUUAUUCCUUUUGCCUGAUGAUAGUUAUUGAUGUUUUUAUUCCUAUUAUUUUGCAUUUGGAUAUCAAUAUUGCUAAUUCUUACUACAGUGGUAUUUGCUUUUGUAACGCUACAUUUCAGUUUUAUGACUAAGUAUAUCCUCUAUCCAUUUUGCCAUGCAGUACACUUGGUUAAUAAAAUCUAUCUUUAUUUUACAUUAAAUGACGAAUGUGAGACUUAAAUACCUAGAUGAUUUUACAAGCAUGUUAUUUUACACAAAGUAUGUUCUUACAUUAUUAGGGCCAAUUGUAGCUUUGCAUGUAUGGAAUUAAAUGUAUCAGUAGUUUUCUAUUGA